GAAUUUCCCAGGGCUAAAUAACGCAUACUGGGUUGGGGAUGGAGUUUUGGUUAUUAUACUUUAUGAUUGGAUUUUUGUUAGCGAUGGCGUCUGAAAACGGGACCAGUCUGGUAUCAGAUGGGCGGCCUGUUGUCACCUAUACAGGAAUUUUGCUGUUUGUGGACAGCUCUGGCCCUGUCGGCCAGAGCUGUAGUUAGUCACGGCACUAACUUUACGAGGCUGAUCAGUCUCCAAUCAAUACCUUUAAUGAGCGAAGCCUCUAUCAUUUGCGGCAGUCCAAACACGACGUAUGUCCCCACAUUAAAGCAUCACAAGCAUUUAGGUUCGAACUGCUGGCCAAUGCUUCAUCAUCGGCGGCACCGGAAUGGAUGAUUACAAAACACAUCGUAUGUUUUGCCUUUGUGUGAAGCAGAGCCAUACAAGUUGACAUCUCCCCAAUCAUGUUGCUGAAGACAGCGUUCAGUC